AUGCUACUGACUUCUCUCCUCUGCGCUGCAUUCACAGCUACAUCUCUAGCCUACCCUCUGUCCUCGACGAACGGUACGAACACAACCUACAUUGGUCCCGAGAACGGCCAUCUCGUAAGUGAGAGCAUAUACGAGAAGAUCAUCGAGCUCGCUGGCGGUCCUGAUGCCCCAAUAGUGGUCAUCCCAACAGCAGGCGGCGAAGAGACCUAUAGCAACAACUUCACGACCGCAGUAGCGUUCCGUCGCUGGGGAGCUACAAACGUAACAGUGCUCCAUACCUACGAUCAAGCGAUAGCGGAUACGGACGAGUUUGUAGCACCACUGAAAGAUGCAAGGGGGGUCUUCUUCGGCGGAGGAACACAAUGGAGGCUUGUGGAUGUAUACGUAGGGACAAAAGCAGAGACUGCGUUCCAGAGCGUACUGGAUAGCGGAGGCGUCAUCGGUGGGUCCAGCGCUGGUGCCAGCAUACAGGGCAGCUUCCUUGCACGAGGCGAUACUGCAAACAACCAAGUCAUGAUUGGAGACCACACUGUCGGCUUCGGAUACCUCAAGAACACUGCGAUUGAUCAGCAUGUUCUGGUGAGGAAUAGGCAGUUCGAUAUGUCUCAGAUUUUGGAGGCAUAUCCAGAGCUGCUCGGCGCCGGCUGUGAUGAGGACACCGCGCUGGUGAUCAACAAGAAUCAUGCCGACAUCAUCGGAAGCAUGUAUUGCUUGAUCUACGACGGGAAGUUUUGGUUAGAAGAGGGGACGGAUCUAAAGCAAAUUCCGAGCCCAGCGCAGAGGUUCUUCUUUUUGAAACCAGGAGAUGCGUACGACCUUGGAGAACGAAGGGUCUUGUCGAACAGAACAAGCACUGGUUGA